GAGGACCCAGAGCCCCCACACAUUGAAGAGGAGCAGGAGGAACUCUGGACCAGUCAGGAGGGAGAGCAGCUUCAAGGUCUGGAGGAGGCUGAUGUCAAGCUCUCAUUCACUCCUGUGAAGAGUGAAGAUGAUGAAGAGGAAGCUCAGUCCUCACAGCUUCAUCAAAGACAAACUGAACAGAUGGAAACAGAAGUUGAUGCAGAGGACUGUGGAGGACCAGAACCAGACAGAGUCUUAGAUCCAGAUAGACAUCCAGAACCAGAUACUGAUGACAAGACUGGAGACUCUUCUGACACUGAUGACAGUGAUGCUUGGAAGGAGACCAGAGAACCUCAGUCAGGUUUAAACUCUGUGAAACCUGAUGAAGUCCUUGUCAGUGAUUCACGAUGUAGUGCUGGUGGCUCAGUUUGUGAUAAAUCUUUUAACUAUUGUUCAAAUUUACAGACGCACAUGAGAAUCCACACAGGAGAGAAACCUUUCAGCUGCUCAGUUUGUGAUAGAGGUUUCACUGGAGGUGGAGAUCUGAACAGACACAUGAGAAUCCACACAGGAGAGAAACCGUUCAGCUGCUCAGUAUGUGAGAAACGUUUCCGUAGAAGUGGAGAUAUGAAGAACCACAUGAGAAUCCACACAGGACAAAAACCUUACAGCUGCUCAGUUUGCACGAAAUCUUUUAACCAGCGUGGACACUUACUGAAACACAAGAUAGUUUUACAGAGACACAUGAGAAUCCACACAGGAGAGAAACCUUACAGCUGCUCAGUUUGUAAGAACUCUUUUAACGAUUCUUCACAUUUACAGAAACACAUGAGAAUCCACACAGGGGAGAAACCCUACAGCUGCUCAGUUUGUAAGAAAUCUUUUGCAGUCAAACAGGUUUUACAGGAACACAUGAGAAUCCACACAGGAGAGAAACCUUACAGCUGCUCAGUCUGUAAUAAGUCUUUUGCAUAUAAACAGGUUUUAAAGGACCACAUGAAAAUCCACACAGGAGAGAAACCUUUCAGCUGCUCAGUUUGUGCUAAAAGAUUUAAGCGCAACAGAGCUCUAAAGGUACACAUGAGAAUCCACACAGGAGAGAAACCUUUCAGCUGCUCAGUAUGUGAGAAACGUUUCUGUAGAAAUGGAGAUUUGAAGAACCACAUGAUAAUGCACGCAGGACAAAAACCUUACAGCUGCUCAGUUUGCAUGAAAUCUUUUAACCAGCGUGGACAUUUUCAGAAACACAUGAUGAUCCACACGGGAGAAAAACCUUUCAGCUGCUCAGUUUGUAAGAACUCAUUUUACGAUUCUUCACAUUUACAGAAACACAUGAGAAUCCACACAGGAGAACAACCUCACACCUGCUCUGUCUGUAAUAAGUAUUUUACACGGAGUGCAGGUUUGAAGGAACACAUGAGAAUCCACACAGGAGAGAAACCUUACUGCUGCUCAGUUUGUGCUGAAAGAUUUAGGCGCAACAAAGCUCUAAAAACACACAUGAAAAGUCACACAGAAAAGAAUCCCCUUUAGCCCUUUUACCCAAUCACGCAUAUCCCUUCCAGCGGUGGGCCCAUAGGGCGCGGCUCAAUGUAGAUUUUUCGGGUUCCUGGUGGAACCAUAUGUCUCAUGUCCCAGAAACCAGACCCUCACCAGCAGCAAUAUGCUUUUUGUUUCCUUCAUUGUUAAAUCUAAAUGAUUGAUUGAAGGGCAAAUAUGGAGACAAGUGUAUUGGCAUACAGAUGAGUAUAUGUAUGUGUGUUUGAGGCAUCAUGUCUUGAAAUAAAUCUUUGAAUUUUAGUUUAUAUUGAUAAAUAUUUAUUUGAUUAUUUUCUAUGUAAAAAAAAAAAAAAUCCAUGGGAGAUGAUAAAAUGUUUUGCUUUUCCAUCUCAAUAAAAAGAGAAUAAUGAAACAAAAGAUAUCCACUCACAGCAACCGUUGGAUACACAAACUACUGUUAAGAGAUUGUGGAAAAAUAUGAAAGCAUAAAAGUACAACCAUCACAAUAUAUAAAGUGUUUCAUUUCAUAUUAGAUAUGAUUUAACAUACAAUGUUUUAUUUCAUGAUAGAAGUGAUAGAAACAUAUAACCUGCUUAGACACUUAAUGUAACAUAGUGACUUGAGCCUUAUAUAGUGCUUCUGGUUCUAACUGGACCAAACAAGUUACAGCCAGUUACAUUCUGUUGCUAACUCUGGUACAAGAUGUCGCCUGUAUGUGUGAUGCAUGUGGUUACGGGAGGUAUUAGUCUCAGAGUAGCAUAAAAGAAGCAGAGAAACUGAGAUUCUGCUU